UUUAAAGAACAACAAUCACAAUUAUCCAAAAAAAUAUUUUGUUUCAAAAAAUUAUCAGAACAAUGAAAUCCGAAAAACUUAAAAGAAACUUUUGGAUCACCGCCGAAAUAGAGUGUAUGCUAGACUUAAUAAAGGAAGUAAACAACUGUCAAGGAGCCUUGUCCACGAGCACCACGCAAUAUACAUUUAUUCAGAUUGCCAACCAGAUGAAAAAGCGAGGAUUCCCGAAUAAGUCUCCCACUCAAAUCAGAAGGAAAUGGUUUCAAAUGAAAAGUGCUUAUCUGUGUUACAAGAAGGGCAACGUUGAUAGAUUAUUUCUUAUACCGGAGAAAUUCCGAAAUGUAAUCGCUCAGUUCGUAGAAAGCGGUGAAAAAAUUGGACGUUCGAACUUGUCAACUAUCUCGACUGGAACUCCGCCAAUAAUGCAACAAAGCCAAGAAGUUCUUUCAGAGGAAGAUACUUCGGUCAUGGAUAAAUUUCUAAUUCAAAUCAGAAAGAACAAUAAAAUGAUCAAUUCUGAGUAUCUAAAGAUGGAAGAAUCGCUACUACAAUAUGAGCAGAAAUGUCAAUUUAUUCGAGACAGGAAUCUUAUAAAGCUGAUCGAUAUCUAUUAGUU